CACCUGCAAGGAGCUGGCCACAUUCUCGCUGUCUCCGAUUCAGCAAGUAUGUAAAUGUCAUUUUUAUACCGAAUUUACAUGAUUUAUUUUGCGUUAACGGCCGCGCGCGUUUGCUUUUUAUAGCCGUUGAAACAAUAAAAUCCGUUAUAUCAAUAUAAAUUCACAAUGGACGUUUCUGGUGGUCACGAUUAUAACCUCGUUUGUAUCACGUAACCGUGACUUUUAAAGGCUCCGAUGGUUAGGAAGACGAUGGUGCUGAGUACGGAGUGGGCGCAGGUGGAAGUGGUCGAGCUUACGAACGACGGGAACGGGUUAGGGUUCAACCUGGUCGGCGGCAGGAGCACGGGCGUCGUGAUCAAGUACGUGCUGCCCGGAGGGAUCGCGGAGAAGGACGGUCGGCUGCAAAGCGGUGAUCACGUGCUACAGGUCGGGUCUGUGAACCUACGCGGGUUCACGUCCGAGCAAGUUGCCGCUGUGUUGCGGCAGGCGGGCCCCACGGUUCGCUUACUCGUCGCUCGUCCUGCAGACCCCGCCGCCGCUCUCCGAGCGCCGCUCCCCGGCACGGCCCUCGUACCGACUAAACUCCUCGGCGAUCCAGAACUCCUCGACCGACACCUCAUAGAAACAGGCUAUGGUGCAGUCUACAACUUAUCUCAGUGCUUCACCGACUAUAUCAACGGUCAGAAUGAUAUGCAGAACUUAGUGGCCGCCGUUAGCAUUAUAAGUGAUACCCCGCAACAAAUACCCGACCACCCUAUAAUUAAUGCUGUAUCUCCCACCAUAACUAUCACUGUACCUGUCGAACUACCGCCUUUACCUGAAGUAGAGAUUAUUCAUGUUGAUUUGAAUAAAAAUGUAUAUGGUUUAGGUAUAACGGUGGCUGGAUAUGUGUGUGAGAAAGAGGAGUUGUCAGGAAUAUUUGUAAAGAGUAUAAUAGAAGGCAGCAGUGCAGAACAGAGUGGUAAAAUAAGACUAAACGAUAGGAUUAUUGAGGUUGAUGGAAUAUCUUUAGCGGACAAAAGCAAUCCUCAGGCUGUGGAGAUAUUAAGGAACACAGGUAUAUCUGUACAUUUUGUUUUAGAAAGAUACUUGAGAGGACCAAAGUUUGAGCAUCUUCAACUUGCGAUAUUCAAUGAAGAGCGACCAUCUUCACCCUCUCCGUCAACCACAACCCUCACUUGGUUCCCAGUGCCUUCCCAAGCUGACAAUAGUAUUACUGAAAUUGAGCCUGAACCUGAAUCCAACACAACUAUAGACUCGGGUGUGUUGGAAGUGGGUGAAAAUGAAGAAGAACCCACCCAAGAAGAGUUAGACAAGCGAUUUGACGCAAUAUUUGCUGUGGAACCUGAAGAAAUAAAGAAAAAAUGGGAAUCUGAGUUUGGAUCUGACAAGGAAAUAAUUAUUGCCGAAGUCAACAAACUAUCAGGGUUAGGAAUAAGUCUAGAAGGUACAGUAGAUGUAGAAGGCGGUCAGGAAGUGAGACCCCAUCACUAUAUAAGAUCUGUUUUACCUGAAGGUCCUGUAGGUGUACAGGGCUUGCUCACAGCUGGCGAUGAGUUAUUAGAAGCAAAUGAAUACAGACUACAUGGCUUAACACAUACCGAAGUCGUUAACAUACUGAAACAACUACCAAAUCGUGUCCGUUUAGUUUGCGCACGAAGCAACACGGAAAGUGGUCCACGACCAGUAGUAAAUUUAGCACAAGAUCGUGAAGGAUUCGAAGCUAGAAAAAUAAUUUCUGGAAGCUUGAAUAAUUUAACGACAAUAGUAAAAGCGCAGUCAGAUUCAUCAAUCAAUACAUCCAGUACGGCUACAUUAACAAAUCAUUCUGGGUCUAAAAAGUCACGGUCGUUGGAGUGUGUAUCAGGAUUAGCCAUGUGGCAGAGUAAGGAAGAUAUCGUUGAAUUAUUUAAAGGUGAUCAAGGCCUAGGAUUUUCGAUUUUGGACUAUCAAGAUCCAAUAGAUCCGAAUGGAACAGUUAUAGUCAUCAGGAGUUUAGUACCUGGUGGGGUAGCAGAAAAAAAUGGGGAGAUCUCACCAGGCGAUAGAGUAAUGUCUGUAAAUGGAGCUAGUAUUAAAAAUGCGACGUUAGAUCAAGCAGUUCAAGCAUUAAAAGGAGCUCCGAGAGGUAUAGUCAAAGUGGGAAUAGCACGGCCGCUGCCAUCGCUGGAGUCUACAAAGUCAAAGAGCACAACUACACUCAAUACUAAACCGAGUUAAUCUUAAUUUAGUUACUUAUUAGACUUCUAGCUUGAGAGAUGGUGGGAAAUUUUAAGGAGAUAUUUUAUAAAUGCCGACAGAUUGUUGUCUACAGUUUUAAAGAUCUGCUGGUCUAUGGUAGGGUUGUUGCACUCAUUUUGAAAAACACUCUUAAUUUUUAUUGAGUAUCUAACACCUCAAGAUGUUUUAAAAAAGCUCCAUUUUAACUAAAUAAGGAAGAUUGCAUUCUGUAACAUAAUACAUAACUGAAAUAAAUAUGAGUAUUUUGAAAAUUUUUAAUCAAGCAUCACUUAUAGAGAAAAAAAACAUUCCCUUAUUAAAAGAUGCUUCAUUUGAUAAAAAUAUUUUUGUUUGUAUCAAAUCAAAUAACUCCCCAAAUUUUCCCACCAUCUCUUUCACCACUCUGUGUUACAACUAGUCAAAGUUGAAACCAUAUCUACAUAUUUUACGCUUAGUUUAAAUUAAGCGAAUUUUACACAGGCAUUUAGAAUGCUAAUGUGAAACAUAUAAUACUAGUACAUCAUAAUUUAAUAACUAUAUUAGUGAGCCUAAGUUUUACACUAAAUACCUAGUAAUUUUAGGGGGCUAUUGCACCAUCUGAACAUAUACAUAUACAUAUUUUGUUUCAUAAUACGUAAUAUGAAUACUUGAGAGGUAAAGUGGCAUAAGUCAAUUUUACACAAUUUUUUUUUUUUAGGGUUCCGUAACUCAAAAGGAAAAACGGAAUCCUUAUAGGAUCACUUUGUUGUCUGUCUGUCUGUCUG